AACUAGAACUAACUAGUAAAAAUGAGUGCCAAUUCCAAACAAAAUCAGCUUCCGACAGAAGUAGUAGAGGUUGAUAAUGCUUACCCCACUGCUUUGAUGUUAUGUUUCAGUCGAAUCUUUCCUGCAAUUCUGAACGCUGCAGUUGAUCUCAACUUGUUUGAAAUCAUAGCUAAAGCGGAAAGCCCAUAUGGUUCAAGCUUUUCUGCCUUUGAAAUUGCUUCUCUACUUCCCUACAAACACUCUGAAUUAGUUACAAGGCUUGUGCGCAUGUUACCUAUGCUAGCUAGUUAUUCUCUUCUAACUUGUUCCCUUCGCACCAAUGAUGAUGGUACGAGAGAACAAGUUUAUGCACUCUCACCCGUUGGUGAAUACUUUGCAUUUAAUAACCAUGGAGGAGGCUCUUUAGGUCCCGCUUUAACCUUAUUUCAUCGAGGUUAUCAAUAUAUUUGGGAUAAUGUAAAGGAUGCGAUUAUAGACCCUCGUAACAAUAAUCAAUUUCAAGAAGUUCAUGGGUUGCCCCCUUUUCCAUAUAUGGAGAAAGAUAAAAAGUUGAAUCAUAUAUUUAAUGAAGCAAUGGCACAUGCUGGUCCGUUAGAAAUGAAACAGAUCCUCAAAAUAUAUAAAGGAUUUGAGGGAGUAUCAACAUUGGUUGAUGUUGGUGGUGGAGUAGGGCAUGUCUUAAAACAAGUUAUCUCUGAAUACCCUUCAAUAAAAGGGAUUAAUUUUGAUUUGCCUCAAGUGAUUCAAAAUGCACCACCUCAUCUAGGGGUAGAGCAUAUUGAAGGAGAAAUGUUUGAAAGUGUUCCAAAGGGUGAUGCCAUCUUACUAAAGCGUAUAUGUCACAACUGGUCCGAUGAAGAAUGUGUGAUGUUUUUAAAAAAUUGCUACAAAGCUUUGCCAACAUGUGGAAAGGUGAUUAUUAUAGAUUGUAUAAUUCCAGAAGUUCCAAACCCGAGCAUUAUGUCAAAGUAUGCAUAUGCUUUUGACAUGGUCAUGUUUUUAGUACAUGGUGGAAAGGAAAGAACUGAAAAUGAAUUCCGAAGCUUAUGCUCUAGCUCUGGAUUUUCCAAAUUUCAUGUUGCGUGCAGUGGUAUCUCGUCUACGUUAGGAGUGAUGGAAUUUUAUAAAUAAAAACUACUAUCAUCAGGUUACCCGUUUUAUUUUUCAUUAAAUAUGUGUAGGUUAAUUUUUGUGAAAAAAAGUCCAUCAGGAUAUGUUAUUUUCUUGUUUUCUCUGUGAAGCAACUUGUAUUGUCGUAUGUUGUCAGGAACAUUAAAAAAGUUUGAGUGGAAAUAAUGGAGCUACGUGUAAUAUAGUUUUCUUUGUUUUUGUUUU